GCUGCUCCAAUUGGCUGUAUGGUAAUAUACGCUCUCGGGAUCCUUUUGUUUGUUCUCGGUCUAUUGUCCCCUAUUGCCCUUAAUAGUCGCCCGACAAGAAGCGUGCUCAGUUCUUCGACAACAGACCGCCAAGAAGCUACGAUAUGAGCAACACCGACAUCGAGACGGCCAAGUGGGUUCUGAAGAUGGAACAGCCUCCGGACGCCGCGAUGUUCAACAGAACCUCCCCGUCUGUGUCUCCCCGCCCGUCCUCCCCGACAUCGUCCUGGUCCAGCGGCGGCUCGCCCGCCCCCUCCUCACCCUCCUCCCGGUCCCGCCCGGGGAAGAUCAGAAGGACCAGCAAGAGUCUGAAGAAGACCGAGAAGCAGCUGUCUGAGGAUGAACUUCAGGAGCUCCGUCUGAAAGUCAACCAUCGGGAGAGGAAGAGGAUGCACGACCUGAACUCAGCACUAGACGGGCUGCGGGAAGUCAUGCCGUACGCUCACGGUCCGUCCGUCAGGAAACUCUCCAAAAUCGCCACGCUGCUGCUGGCCAAGAACUACAUCCUCAUGCUCAACAGUUCCUUGGAGGAGAUGAAGCGGCUCGUGAGCGACAUCCACCCCGCGCACCGCGCCAAGCUGCCCGCUCACCCGACUCUGACACCGCCCUCUCUACCGGGACUCCAUGGGCCAGCGUUGUUCCCUUCCCCGUCGCAGAUCCCGCACAGCCCCCUGAGUCACCCGCUAGCGUCCCGGGCGAGCCACAGCGGACUUCUCCUCAGACCGGAGCACCAUCACGACCGCAGCCCCUUCUCCAAGUGGCCGGUCCCCUGCUCGUGCCUGCAGUGUCCCACAGACAGUGUCAACCGAGUACCGUUCGGGAAGCAUCCUGCGUUCACGAGAUGA